AUUAUUAUUAUUAUUAUUAUUAUUAUUAUUAUUGAGAGGCUGGGUGGCCAUCUGUUGGGCGUGCUUGGAUUGUGUCCUCCAUGGCAGAAUUGGGUUGGACUGGAUUCCCACAGUAAUUAUUUCAUAUUACAGUAGAAUCUCACUUAUCCAACAUUCGCUUAUCCAAUGCUCUGGAUUAUCCAACGCAGUCUGCCUUUUAGUAGUCAAUGUUUUUGUAGUCAAUGUUUUAAAUUCAUUGUGAUAUUUUGGUGCUAAAUUUGUAAAUACAGUAAGUACAACAUAGCAUUACUGAGCAUUGAACUACUUUUUCUGUCAAAUUUGUUGUAUAACAUGAUGUUUGGUGCUUAAUUUGUAUAAUCAUUACGUAAUUUGAUGUUUAAUUGGCUUUUCCUGAAUCCCUUCUUAUUAUCCAACAUAUUCACUUAUCCAAUGUUCUGCCGGCCUGUUUAUGUUGGAUAAGUGAGACUCUACUGUAUAUUGAUAAUCUUCUAUUAUCUGCUUAGAGCUGGAUUAUAUGAGGUCCCUUCUUCACAGCUGUAUAAAAUGCACACUGAAGUGAAUUAUCUGGCAGUGUGGACUCAAGAUAAUCCAGUUCAAAGCAGAUAAUAUAAGAUUAUAAAUGGGUAAUAUAGCUGUGUGGAAGGGCCUUGAGUCUACACUGCCAUAUAAUCCAGUGAAAAUCAGAUAAUCUGUAUUUUAUAGGCAGAGGGGAAGAGGCCUGAGGCCUAACUGUGCCUGUCUCCUGGGCUGAGUAGGUUGCUAGGAGACCAAGUGGGCAGAGUUCUAACUGGCAGCAAUUGGAUAAAAAACAAUUAUUCCUUUCCCUCUAAUUAGGACUUUAUUUUUCUUUUCUUUUUGUUGUAUGAACGUAGAGGCAUGGAUGAGGGGUUGUGUUGCCAAGUUUAGUGUUUCUGGGGUGUGUAGUUUUGUUUUGUCCUAGGCCGAAUUUUUUUUAUCCUUUUAUAUAUAGAUACAUAGAUAGAUAGAUAGAUAGAUAGAUAGAUAGAUAGAUAGAUAGAUAAGAACGAUGGAGAAGUUAAUCGAAAUACAAGACUUAAAAAAUAAAAUAAUAAAUUAAGAAUUAUAGAACACAUAAUUUGAAAAAAGCAGACCUGAUUUGCACUUCUUCUCAUGGAUAACGUGGGGAAAGUAUUACAAACAUUGUCAGAGGAAUUUCUUCCCCGUUAAAAAAAAGCAUUUCCUCCCAGCUUCAAAACCCACGUGUUUCCCAGACUCGGCUCUUCCAGGCAGUUUUGGACUUCAGUUCCCAGAAUUCCUGCCCCUUGUCCAGAAAAGCGGAGGCUUCUGGGAGUUGAAGUCCAAAAGCCUGGAGGACCAAAGGCGGCUUGAAGGCAAACCUCCGAGAUCUGGAACUCGAAGUGGCUAGAGAGGACUUCCUGCGGUGUUUUGUUUUGGAGGAUGUGACCUGUGUCCCCCUCUUCCUGGUCCGGCUUCUCCUCCAAAAGCGGCUUCUUGGGAAACUCGUGCCUUUUGCUUUUCUUUCUGGGAGGAUUUUGGAGGAAAAGGAGAAACACCUGAGGCGGAGUUCUUGGGUUUAGAGGGAAGAAGUUUUCUAGGCGGUAAGGUCCAGGCGGAUGUUUUGACAGGCGCAGUAGACUCUAGCAUUUCCCACGAUUUCUGGCUAGUAUUGUUCAAGGAUGAAAAUGGAGACCUGGGAAGGCCUUACAAAUCAUAUACCAAAGCAGGUAUCGUGGAAAGUGCGAGGGAGCUGCCAUGUUGGGACGACGGAGGCAUUCCCGCAAAGCAGAUCAACAGAGGUGAAACAGGAACCCGACAAAGACUCUCUUCAGCAGUGGGAAACCCAAUGGCAGGAGUUCCUGAAGGGCCUAGAAGGCCCUCACCCAAACUGGGGCACCUCUCAGUCGAGGGAGGAGCCGUGGGACGACGCCAAAGCCUUCCUGGCCUCCUUUGAGCAAGUGGCCCAAGCCUGCCGGUGGCCCAAGGAAGAGUGGGUGCCCCGGCUCCUGCCAGCAUUGAGCGGAGAGGCCAAGCGGGCCUUCACUGGCCUGGAGGCCGAAGGCAGGGAGGAUUAUGGGAAAGUGAAGGCCGCUAUCUUGCACGGGGACGCCAUGCGGAGGGAGGAGCAGCGGCAGUGUUUCCGGCAUUUCCGCUACCGGGAGACUGAGGGGCCGAGAGGGGCUUACGGGCAGCUUCAGGAACUGUGUUGCCAGUGGCUGAAAGCUGAAAGGCAUUCAAAGGAGCAGAUCUUGGAGUUUCUGGUCUUGGAGCAGUUCUUGGCCGUCCUGCCUCCAGAGAUAGAGGCCUGGGUCAAAGAAUGUGGUCCAGAGACUUGCUCCCAGGCCGUGGCCUUGGCGGAGGACUUCCUCAAGAAGCAGCGAGAGCAAGAGUCCAGGUGUCAUGCAAACCAGGUGCUGUUAGAGGAAGAGGAGACGGUGGGUUCCCCUGAAGGUGGCCAAGCCCUGCCUGAGAUGGAGCAGAAGGAGUUUAGUGUGGAGACCAAACAGGAAGAUGACAAUGGGGAUACUGGACCCUUUGGCGAUGAAAGGAAAAGUGAGAAUGAGAGGCAACCAGGUGAGGAUUCCCCAGAAAGAACAGAGUGUGAAGCAUUAAAGGAGAAUUUUUGGAGCCAAGAUGGGGCUGCGAGCCAAGAUGGAAGCCACACGAAAGAGCUGGAAGCCAAAUCCUUCCCCUUUCAGGUGGGAGACUCCCACGAAAUCUCAAUCCAGCAGGAAAGCAAGGAAGAAAAAAAGGGGGCCGCUUUCUCCAGUGUUCUUAGUAGACUUCACCCUGAGAAUGAAUCAGAUUUAAUGUUUGCAAAUACAUUAAAUCAGAAUGGAAGCCUCACUGAAUGUGAAACGCUUUAUGAAGGGACAAGUUCCAACAUAUACCUGAAUCAAAAUAUUCCUGCAGAUGAGAGACAGUGUAUGAAUUCGGAUCUUGGUAAGAUGAACCAUCCAGGGAUCCCAAAAGGGAAAAAGCUGUUUAAACGUUUGGAGAGAGGGAAAUUCUUUGGUCAGAAGGCCAACCUCAUGUCACACCAAAAGAUUCAUACUGGGGAGAAGCCCUAUAAAUGUACAGAAUGCAAUAUGAAUUUCAGUGACCAGACCACCUUUCUCAGACAUAAGAGACACCACACCAGAGAGAAGCCGUAUCAGUGCUUGGAGUGUGGGAAAUGCUUUGGUCUGAAGGGCAGCCUCACGUCACACCAGAAGAUUCACACUGGGGAGAAGCCGUAUCAAUGCUUGGAGUGUGGGAAAUGCUUUGGUUGGAGUUACUCUCUCAAGUCACAUCAGAAAAUUCACACUGGGGAGAAGCUUUAUAAAUGUACAGAAUGCAAUAAGAGUUUCAGUGACCGGUCUACCUUUGUCAGACAUAAGAGAAUCCACACCAGAGAGAAGCCGUAUCAGUGCUUGGAGUGUGGGAAAUGCUUUGGUCAGAAGGGCAACCUCACGUCACACCAGAGAAUUCACACUGGGGAGAAGCCGUAUCAGUGUUUGGAGUGUGGGAAAUGCUUUGGUCAGAGUGCCCAUCUCAAGAAACACCAGAAGAUUCACACUGGAGAGAAGUCCUAUAAGUGUACAGAAUGCAAUACGAGUUUCAAUGACCGGUCCACCUUUGUCAGACAUAAGAGAAUCCACACCAGAGGGAAACCGUACUCCUAACCAGACUGCGGGAAGGGCUUUAGUGAAACUACUAGCCUCACCUUACGUCAGAGAAUCCAUGACGAGAGAAUAUGCCACACGACAAUCAGCAUUUGCUGAAUGCCAGCAUGGCUCUGUUAGUCUUCUCACUGAGUGGCAUCUUAAAAAGGAAUACCCUAUACCAGGCGUCCUCAGACUUUUAAAAAGAGGGCCAGUUCACUGUCCCUCAGACUAUAGGGAGGCCACAUUGUACUUUGGAGAAAAAAUGAACAAAUCCCUAUGCACACAGCGCAUAUCAUAUUUGAAUGGAAUAGAAUGACUUCAUUGUCAUUGUACAACAAAAUUAAAUGCUUUCCCCAGCACAGAUUAAAAAAACAACACACCCAUCCCUCCACACUCCAUCCACCACUGCACAGCCCCCAGUGCCACAUCACUGCCAAACAAUGGAGUUCAAUAUCGUUACAGCUCUAGGAUAAAAGCUGUCUGUUUUAUCUGAAUAUUCUGGGUUAAAUGGGUCUUUCAGAAUGUUCUGAGCUUUCUUAAGGUCUUCUAAGGUUCUUUCAAAGAGGGGAGAGGGGAGGAUCAAGUUAAUUAGGAUUGUUGUUCUUGUGGACCUUCAACUAGUUUCAGAUUGAAGGUGACCCUAGAACCAAAGUUUGGAGGCAAGGGCUGGGUAACUGACUUCCAAGGGCCUCAUCCAGCCCCUGGGCCUUACUUUGGGGACCCCUGACCUAUAUAGUCAUGUAUAAGUCUAGAAAUCCUAGUCAAAAAAAUCAACUCUCAAAAUCCUAGGUAUACUUUUGCUUUUAUGAUUGUAUUCCUUGGGCAUUAAAUUUUGGCAAUUUUUGUAAGCCCCCUCGGGUGAGAAGGGCGGGGUAUAAAUGUUGUAAAUAAAUAAAUAAAAUAAAUAAUUAUCCACAGGUCAAUGUAAA